AUGGGCUACACCAUCGGAAACAUCUACGUGAUCACCACGGUGGCCGUCAUCGGCGGUGCACUGUUUGGUUUUGACAUUGCCUCCAUGUCUGCCAUUCUCGGAACCCAGCAAUACAAGUGCUUCUUCAACCAGGGUGGCAUCAAAGAUGGCAAGUGUGCCGGUCCGACCUCUGCCAACCAAGGCGGUAUCUCGGCCUCAAUGCCCGGUGGCUCUUUUGUCGGGGCUCUCAUCUCCGGAAUCCUCACAGACUGGCUGGGUCGCAAGCGCUCAAUCCAGGUGGGCUCUUUGAUCUGGUGUAUUGGCAGUGCCAUUGUCUGCGCCAGCUUCAGCAUCGCCCAGCUCGUUGUGGGUCGGUUCAUCAACGGUGUCUCCGUGGGCAUCCUGAGUGCCCAAGUUCCCGUCUACGUUGCCGAGCUGGCCCAGCCCAGUAAGCGUGGCCAGGUCGUCGGUGCCCAGCAGUGGGCCAUCACCUGGGGCAUCCUGAUUAUGUUCUACGUAUCCUAUGGCAGCAGUUUUCUGGAGGGACCGGCCGCCUGGCGUCUCCCGUGGGGUCUGCAGAUGGUCCCGGCCGCCUUGCUCUUUUUCAUGGUUUUCCUGCUGCCGGAAAGUCCCCGCUGGCUGGCCAAGCAUGAUCGUUGGGAGGAGGCUCAUGAAGUGCUGGCUCUCGUCCACGCCAAGGGGGAUCGCAACGCCCCCUUUGUGUUGACUGAGCUGCAGGAGAUUCGCGAGAUGGUCGAUUUCGAACGCCAGAAUGCCGACGCCUCGUACCUGGAUCUCUUCAAACCCCGCAUGAUCUACCGGACCCACAUCGGCAUGUUCACGCAGAUCUGGUCCCAGCUCACCGGGAUGAAUGUGAUGAUGCUCUACAUCACCUAUGUCUUCGGCAUGGCUGGUCUCAGUGGGAAUGCGAACCUGGUGGCCUCGUCGAUCCAGUAUGUCAUCAACGUCUUCAUGACCGUUUUUGCCCUGAUUUUCAUCGACCGGUGGGGCCGUCGCACUCCGCUGUUGAUCGGCUCAACUUUGAUGAUGACCUUCAUGUUCGCCAACGCCGGCAUCAUGAAGUCUUACGGCAAACCCGCGCCCCCGGGCGGCCUGCAUAACACCCCCGAGCAGUCGUGGGAUCUUGGGGGUGCGCCGGCGGCUGCCAAGGGGGUGAUUGCCUGCACCUAUCUCUUUGUGGCCAGUUACGCGCCCACCUGGGGCCCCGUCAGCUGGAUCUACCCGCCGGAACUCUACCCGCUGCGUCUGCGUGGAAAGGCCGUGGCCUUGGCGACCUCUUCCAACUGGAUUUUCAACUUCGCCCUGUCAUACUUUGUGCCGCCGGCUUUUGAGAACAUCAAAUGGAAGACCUAUCUGGUCUUUGGGUGCUUCUGCUUCGCCAUGACUGUUCACGUCUUUUUCCUUUUCCCGGAGACCGCUGGGAAGACCCUGGAGGAUGUCGAAACCAUGUUCGCUACGCCCGGUCUCAAGCCCUGGAAGACCACUGUCCAGUUCCAGCAUGUACGCAAGUUGGAGCAGGGGGCGAUUCAGUCCGAGAAGAUCGCAGACCUGCAGGCGGAAGCAGGCACUGCGCAUGCACCUUCCUCGCGAGAGAAGGAGACUGCAGCAGUCACUCAGGUUGAGUAG